GCAGGAUUAUUGUAUUGUAUACAUUUUUAGAUGCAGCCUCAUCUCGUCGCUCAUUGGCAACGUGUGACGCCUAUCAGCAGAGCCGGCUCCAAGGCUUUCCCUAUCCGUAUGUGCUGUCGGAAGUGCGCAGUCGUUCCUCUCUCUCCAUUGGAUCAGGCCCUUGCCACUCUGUUUCCCGCAUGCAAGCCACGGAAUGCCCAUGUGUAUGUCUCUCCCAUUCCUCCGUACUGUGCUCAGCGACCGUCGUCAUACGGGCAGCCUGGAGCAGGGUCGGCCACGGGAGGAGAGAGGACUGCCAUGAUGAAGAAUAAGCGCUCGCCGCUGAGGAAGACAUCUAGCCUUUAGAUGAGUUUAUUCAUUUGUAUCUCAUCGAACUGUGCAGCAUUCGGAAUGACACUCACAGCGAUCUGCGUAUUUUUUGGUUUCACCCGACGCUGUGGACCGCAAGGGGGAUAUGUGCCUGACUUGUCUUGAUAGCCAUUUUUUGCAGACAAAGAGCGCUGUUGAGUAAGGCUUUCUGAGAGACGUACGGGUCCUGAGGGGCUCCUAUUGAUGGACGCGGUGGGCAAGAUGUGGAGCAACCUGCGAAGCAAAUGCCACACCCUGUUCCACAGCGACGGCUCCGGUGCGGCCUGCGACGGCGUCGAGGCGGACGCCGUCCACUGCGUGGUGGACCUCUGCCCCGGAGGCGGUCCGGGGGAGCCCCAGGCUUCCGCGGCCCCCAGCCCGUCCAGGAGCAUCCUCCCGCUCCCCCUGGUCACCGCCGGGCGGAGACACCACCACAACUGUGUGUCCGACGUGCCCCAGUUCGUGGAGAUCAGCGUCGACAAGGACACGGAGGACGUGCGCGGCGGCGGCGGCGGCGCGACGGGGGUCCCCAUGGCCCGUCGAGACUCCUACUCCCGACACGCUCCGUGGGGGGGCAAGAAAAAACACUCGUGCUCCACCAAGACCCAGAGCUCCCUGGAGGCGGACCGGCGGUCGGCCAGGUCGCGGGGCGGCGGGGUGCGGCGCGACCGGCGCUACGGCGUCAGCUCCAUCCAGGAGGUCGGGGACUGUGCGCCGGGGGGGCGGAGCCUCAGCGCCCGCUCGCUGCGGCAGCGGCUCAGCGACACGGUGGGCCUCUGCCUGCCGCUCCCGGCCCGCCGCCGCCACCCGUCCAAAGCCCCCGUCGUGUCCAAGCGCAAGAUCCACCUGACGGAGCUCAUGCUGGAGACCUGCCCCUUCCCGCCCGGCUCGGACCUGGCCCACAAGUGGCACCUCAUCAAGCAGCACACGGCGCCCGUCAGCCCGCAUUCCUCCAGCGCCCUGCUGGACGCCUUCGACCCGGCCCACCCCUCCCCCGAGGACGAGGAGGAGCGUCUGCGCGAGCGCCGCCGGCAGAGCAUCGAGGAGGGCGUGGACCCGCCGCCCAACGCCCAGAUCCACACGCUGGAGGCCUCGCCGUCGGGCUCCUCCCUCUACAAACUGGGACCAAAGAUGGCGCCUGGCGUCGGAGAGGGCUCGGGGGAGGGGGUGGCGGGGCCCUCGGGGGCCUGCGGGCCGGUGCCGGCCACAGCCAUGGCCUCGGCCCAGGACUGUGACUCUGAGGAGGACUCGACCACCCUGUGUCUGCAGGCCCGCAGGCCCAAGCAGAGACACGCCUCCGGGGACGGCCGGCAGCAGCAGCAGCAGCAGCUGCAGCCGGGGCCCUGGAAGGUCCACACCCAGAUCGACUAUAUCCACUGUCUGGUGCCGGACCUGCUGCAGAUCACGUCGUUGCCCUGCUACUGGGGCGUGAUGGACCGCUACCAGGCCGAGGCGCUGCUGGACGGCCGGCCCGAGGGCACCUUCCUGCUGCGGGACUCCGCCCAAGAAGACUACCUCUUCUCCGUCAGCUUCCGCCGCUACAACCGCUCGCUGCACGCCCGCAUCGAGCAGUGGAACCACAACUUCAGCUUUGACGCCCACGACCCGUGCGUGUUCCACUCGUCCACCGUGACGGGCCUGCUGGAGCACUACAAGGACCCCAGCGCCUGCAUGUUCUUUGAGCCGCUGCUGACGGCGCCGCUCCACCGGACCUUCCCCUUCAGCCUGCAGCACCUGGCCCGCGCCGCCAUCUGCCGCCGGAGCACGUACGACGGCAUCGGCGGGCUGCCACUGCCCCCGGCGCUGCAGGACUUCCUCAAGGAGUACCAUUACAAACAGAAGGUGCGCGUGCGCUGGCUGGAGCGGGAGCCGCCCCUCAAGCUCAAGUAGCGCCGCGGGGCACACACGCACACGCACGCACGCUGGGAGGAAGUACAAAACUCUUUGAACAGAUCACCCCCCCCCACCCCCCCCGUCAGCCAAUCAGGAGUGGCGGCACAGCCGCCCUCCACUGAAAUGGCAGUGGAUGAACGGAGUCUAGGUGAAAACAAGCUAUACAAGAUUCAUUCUAAUCUUUAUUUUAGUUAUUAACAUCACAGAGUAAAAAUGACACAUGAUUAUAUUCAGUAUAACGCUGUCUGGCAAGCGUGUUUUUUGUUGAACAGGUUAUUUUGCCUGGGAGGGAGGCCGCAAAUAUCAGCACUUUGUAUUUUUCUCUGGUUAGUUUAUUUUAAUUUUGUCUGCCUGAUUCCCCCAUCGGCCGCCUGCCUGUAGACCUACCUGCCUGCAUGCAAGCCCACAUUCUAGUCGGCUCCCCACAUGGUUAGCCUCGUUGUACAGGUCACUUUGUGCUUUCCUUUCCAUUCCCCCCCCCUUGCUUCUACCAUGUUCUUGGUUUGGACGGGACGGUGUGUCGGUUGGAGAACGGCGUCCAGUGGUGCACUUGACAAACAAAACUGCAGUCCGAGUGUAGAUCUGUGCACUUUGCAUGUGUAUUUGUACUGUGCCUCUCCGCUCUCUCCUUGGUACACCAAGCCAGGGAUUUUCUUCUGAGGUUCGGUGGCCAGCACAGAGCACUAACAUUACAGUAGAGCAGCAGUUAUUGGGGGGACAAUGCGACAAAGUAGUUCAUUCCAUAGGAACAACAACUUUGACUCGAUCAGCAACUAGGAAAACAAAACACUGGCUACAGGCACUUUAACUCUUUGCUGGGGGUUGGGCGAUGUUUACCGAGUCAAACAUCACUUUACAACAAUAACUGACGCCACAAGGCCAUGUGAUGGUUCGUAAAUGGGAUAUUCUACAAUAUGGGUUGUGAACAUGGAAUGGGUGUCGGUGUGUCCCUAAUAUUUUUCUAUUGCUUUCUAGCACUAUGGUUUAAGCAUUGGCUAAAUGUUAAGAACCAUAGUAAGAAAAUGUAUAUAGCAUGGCCAGCUACAACAUAUUUUUACUGGAAAUAUACCAUAAGACCAAGAACAUCUGAGCAAUGUUCAAAUAUCUGAAUAAUCCAUCCAUGUGUCGCCCAGCUCUGUGCUUACAGUUGUGUACUCGCACAUGCACACAAUCAAUAAUCCUCUCCAGAGAUAUUGUUCACCAGUCCUACCACAUUGUGGACUUCUGCUCUAGCCAGAGGCAAGAGUCAAAUGUUACUUCAAACAGGACUGUGUGUUGAAAAAUGCACUUCUCCCGCUUCCAACGCUCAUAUCUCUGUAUGGAGUCACUCUGGUGCUACAAAAAGGCUUCUGGUGGUGCGUUCCCCCUUUUUUAAAACAUGGAAACCAAUCUUGUGUAGUCAAAAUGUAGACCCUCAUGGAUUAUCUUGUAAUGUUACAGACGGAUUGCUACUUAAAUGCAUAGAGCCGUUUUAUGAUUCAGUGGCUUUCAUAUUAACACUUAAAACGUGUCUCUCACUUUAAAGAGCCCUUAAAUGAUAGUGAAGCACAUUCGUGGAAACUGGCAUCCCUCUUAUCUGGGACUUUAUUACUGAUUUUUAUUUAUUUCGUAUAAUUUCUAUUUUUUAGUCGAUUGUUUUGAAAAGUUUAAGAAAUUUACAGAUUGUAGUUGAGUUGCAUCGUGCGAGCAUUGACUCAACCCUCGUUUCCCCUCACAUCUGGCCAUGAUUUUCACCCUGUAUGCUGAUCAGAACCCCAUUGAGACAAACAGACUCAAGGCCCGCUCAGCCCAUUCAUCCGCUCGCAGUGCUUUUGUUAGUUGUGCUCCACCAGAGGGAACAAGUACCAACCCCCUGUGCCUUGAGAACUGAGCGCAGUGGCGCUGCGUCCAGCUGUGUGUUAGUCCAGAGCUGGGGCAGGACAUGCUCCACCGAGCCCCAACUAGAUGGUAGAGCGUGUGUGUUGGUGGGAGGAGGGUGCUAGCUCUGAGCUCAUCAUGUUAUCUAUGGUGCACACUUUCUUUUAUAUAUAUAUAUAUAUAUAUAUAUAUAUAUAUAUAUAUAUAUAUAUAUAUAUAUAUAUAUAUGGAACAACAAUAAUUAAGUGGUGCUAUGUUUUUUAUUUUUUUUUUUGAAGCUAAGGAGAUUUUUAUGUCAAGGUUUGACCAUGUAUUCCAAACAUUUUUCUCUCUGUCGUUCAACUGCACAUUUCUACUAUUGAGUUAAAGGUGAUACCAGGAGAGGGCAAAUUGGUCUUCUUCAGUGGACGGGCUACCAAUAAUAAAUGGAAUCAGUGAGCAACUAAUUGAACCACCAGUACAUUUAUUCCCCUUUACAUUUCCCAAGCUUCUGUGAGCAAAGCCUUCACCGUUGGCGGUGAAGGCCGUUGCUGCUGGCUGUAUAUAUAACUGGUACCUCCUGCCCCACUGGCAUCUGUGUUCUGUAGUAACAACCCUUUGAGUGGCUCUCUGCAUAGGGUUUUCCCAUCAAUGAAUUCAGAUCGAGCAUUUAAAUAUGAGGUCGAGCUAAGAUGCACUCACCACUUUCUGAACGGUAAAGGUGGUACAGGCCACCACACACUGAACCUACAUUGCCCCGGCCUUCCAGCGGAGUCCGCACAGCACACGGCAACAAUGCCUUUUUCCUGAACUUCCACCUGUCUGGUAGUGCUUCGAGUAAAGACCCCCCCCCCCCCCCCGUCACCCUCCUAACCCACAGCCCCACCCAGCCCUCCCUGGCAGAGUCCCACCCACACCCGCCAGUGCUAAUCGCAGGCUAAAUUUACCUCUGGGCGAUCUAAAUUUACCAGGUGCUAAAAAGGCCACUCUGUGUUGCCUAAUAGGUGCUGACUGAGUCUUUGGUAACAGAGAAGGGACUCAAUUUUUUUCUGCCCGUACCUCUCCCUACUCCUCCUGUUCGCGUUCCUCCACGCCAUAAUCACAUUAUACCUGUGGUGACGAUGGGGUGCGGAGCUGGUUGUUUUUGCACCAAAACUGGAUGGCAUAUAGGCUUACCAUAGAAGAAAUGAGCGCAAGAGGGAGAGAGAGAGAAAGAGAGAGAGAGGGUCUUCAGAGCUGGACUGAGGCCUGGCUUACAGUAGUUCUCGGCGUUAGUUGAAGUAAAUGGCACUUUAAAUGGAUUGUUUUUGCAUCGGGUAUGGUUGCUUGAGGUGGAGUAAGGAGGUGUACUACGUGAGCCAGGUGGCGUCUCGGAUGAGAGACGUGGGUCUCUUGAUGAGUUAGUGGGGUGACGUGAAGCGACCUUAAUGACCUUGUCAGAUGUUAUUUAGCCGUGAGCGUGUGUGUCUGAACGGACAGAGCCACAUGAUGAUGAUGAUGAUGAGGAGGAAGGGGUGUUUUGAUGGACAGCCUGUUUAGUGAUAGAUCAGCUGGAUCCUGGUGGUCAAGGCCCCUCUCCUCCGGCCCAGGGGGCAGGUGUUGAGUCGGCCCCCCUCUGGCCUCUUUUCCCCAUGGGAAACAACGUACGCGUACCACGUGUGUGUGAUGUAGCACCAUUUCUAGCGUGAAUAAUGUUUUUUGUCUGGCGGAGGGAUUUUUUUUUAUUUUGCAUACAUUUUUUGUUUUCACCCUUGAACAAGUGUCAUCGAAAAGAGUAUCGCACACAUCCUCAUGCAUCAGUUAGGAGUGUAUGUGUGUGUAAGUGUGUGUGUACAUGGAUCACGUAACGCCAGCACCGCCUCUCAAUGUGACUCAACCCACCACCACCACCACCUGAGAAACUGUUGAAACUGACACCCUUCAACCACUCCCCACUAUGGGAAAGACAAAGGAUGGGUGUUUACAUUUAUGAUCUAUGUUCUUGUGCGGGGGGGGGGGUAGUUUGCAAUUUAACUAUUUUAAACUUGUGUUGUUAGAACCACACUUAUUUUAGCUGCACUAUGAGCGCCUCGCUGGUGGCAGGAAACCACAGGGUCUGGGCGGGACGGGAGUCUCGUAAACUCCCCCUAUUUCCCUCCUCCCUCCCCCACUAUGACUCACGGUUUCAGCUGCUCGGAGGACAGAAAAAAAACGAGACUAAUUAUUUUAAAGACAAAUUUUAUUCUUUCCCAUAUAUAUAUUUCUUUUGGAAAGCUGGGAUAAGUGCUAUAUGCGAACAUUAAAAUAAUGUGUAUGACUUAAAAGGUAAAAUAAAAUAUUAUUUUUCAUUAUUACUUCUCCCUAAUAUGCAAUGGAGUGGACUCUUGACAAAAUGGUUGCAAUCCUCUGUCACUUUAAAAUGCUGUAUGUGCACAUUGGUUGCUGUGUGGAUGCGGGUGUUGAGGCGGCGGCAAAGUUGGCAACCAACUAACGGUUGUCAUUCUCCAGCGCCUCACUUGUGUUCCCGGGCCGCCUUAUUCCUUAUUCGUUCUGACCAAUCAGGAAGGACCCUCGUGAACCCCUCCCACCCGACCCACCCUCACCACCACCCCCUCCAAUGGGGGCAGCAGCCCCACCUCCACGGGCCAACCGAACACUCUUGUCAGAUGAAUAUCACUGUUCCAUUUUGCUUCUCUCUCUCUAUCCCUGACUCCUUCCUUCCUCUUACUUUGCUUUUCUUUAGCCCUGUUUCUACCGUUUCCUCCUGCUGACCAGGAGGGUUUGGAGAGUGUAAAUUACGUUAUCAUGUUCACGUUUCACCGUUUAUGUUCUGUAUCUCUGUGCUUCAUCCACCACCACCUCCCCUCCACUUCAAAAAAAGUAGAAGCAAAAUCACUUUUUUUGCUUUCCCCGGAGUAUAACCUGUUCAUUUUAAAGAGCCGUAUGAUGGGACACUUGUAGCUGUCACUAUUGGUGCUUGGCUUACGCUUCAUUGUCUUAAUAUUCCAAAUAAAACUUUAAGUGUA